AUGGAUAAGUCAUGGAUGCACUCGGAUAGAAGAUCGAAGGCAUAUGAGUUAGGGGUGGAAGCAUUUUUGAACUUUUCUGUAGAAAAUCUUCUAACUACCACACAUAUCCGUUGUCCAUGUGUUAAAUGUGUUAAUUUGAAAUUGUUUGGGGUUGGAAUUAUAAGGGAUCACUUAUACUUUAAUGGAGUUGACCAAAGCUAUAAGAAUUGGACAUUUCACGGAGAACCUUGGGAAGCAGCUACUAAUGCUAGUAGAAAUGUUGAAGAAGAUGAUGACCAUAGUAGGUACAGUUUUGUGUCUGAAGAAAUAGAGAUGGAUGAUAAUGAUUUUGGUGAUUUUGGAUCUGAUCCUUAUGAGUUUGCCAAUGUGAUUGGGGAUGGAGAUCAACCAUUGUACCCUGGUUGUAGAAAGUACACGAAGUUAUCGGCAUUAGUGAAGUUGUAUAAUUUGAAGGCAAAAUAUGGGAUGAGUGAUGUCUGUUUUACAGAAUUAUUGAUACUUCAAGGCGAUUUGCUUCCAGAAGGAAAUACAAUACCGGCCUCUAUGUAUGAGGCAAAAAAGACUUUGUGUGCAUUGGGGCUGAGUUAUGAGAAAAUGCACGCAUGCCCCAAUGAUUGCAUCUUGUAUAGGAAGGAGUAUGAGGAUUUAACUCAUUGUCCUAAUUGUGGUAUCUCAAGGUGGAACGAAGGCAAAGAUUCAAUCUUGAAAGAGGGUGUGCCAGCGAAGGUGGUGUGGUAUUUUCCUCCAAUUCCAAGGUUUAAAAGGAUGUUUCGAUCACAUGAGACCGCUAAGAGUUUGACUUGGCAUGCUGCUAGAAAAUCUCUUGACGGUUAUAUGUCUCAUCCAGCGGAUUCCCCGUCUUGGAAACUUCUUGAUGAUAAAUGGCCCGAGUUUGGUAAUGAGCCGAGAAACUUGAGAUUGGCUCUUUCAUCUGAUGGAUUCAAUCCCCACAGUUCUCUAAGUAGCAGAUAUAGUUGCUGGCCAGUUAUCUUAGUUACAUAUAAUCUCCCUCCAUGGCUGUGCAUGAAACGAAAGUUCAUGAUGUUGACCUUAUUGAUUUCCGGUCCUAAACAGCCCGGAAAUGAUAUAGACGUCUACUUGGAGCCUUUGAUUGAUGAUUUAAAAUCUUUGUGGGAUGGGAUUGGAGGAGUGUAUGAUGCACAUAAUGGAGAAUACUUUACACUCAGAGCUGCAUUAAUGUGGACAAUUAAUGAUUUCCCCACCUAUGGAAACUUAUCUGGUUGUGUUGUUAAAGGAUAUAAAGCUUGUCCAAUAUGCGGCGAUGAUACACCUAGUCACAGGUUGAAAAAUGGCCACAAAAUUUGUUACAUUGGGCAUAGAAAAUGGUUACCGAUCAAUCAUCCAUAUAGGAGGCAACGUGCAGCUUUUAAUGGGAAACCUGAAUAUGGCACGCCUCCUGAGCCAUUAACCGGAGAAGAAGUGCUGCAUAUGGUUGAAGAUGGUGACAGAGUUUGUUGGAAGAAGAAAUCAAUAUUCUUUGAUCUCGAGUAUUGGAAAUACCUUCCUGUGAGGCAUGUCCUAGAUGUUAUGCACAUUGAGAAGAAUGUUUGCGAUAGUAUCAUUGGUACAUUGCUGGAGAUCCCUGGAAAAAAUAAAGAUGGGAUUGCUGCUCGAUUAGAUUUAUUGAACAUGGGGGUCAAAACUGAUUUGCAACCCGAGUAUGGAGAAAGACGUACUCGUUUGCCUCCCGGGCCUUGGAAUUUGUCAAGAGCAGAGAAGAGAGAGAAUCGUACUCGUCCCGAAGGUUGCAUUGCUGAGCGGUAUAUAGCUGAAGAAGCUGUAGAGUUUUGUACCGAGCAUUUAUCUGAUGUUAGUACAGUUGGAGUGCCUUCAAGCCAAAAGAUGGGAGUUUCAAAGCCAUUAUCAGGUUUCACAGUGAGCGUAGUUGAUCGGGACCUGUUGAACCAAGCACAUCUAUAUGUCUUGGAGAAUACGGAGGAAGUCCUACCUUAUAUCGAGCAACAUAUGAUCCACAUCCAGACCGCUUAUCCAAAAUUUAGAAAGAGAACAAAGUGGCUGCAGGAUAAGCACAAUAGCACUUUCAUUCAAUGGCUACGCUUCAAGGUUCAAAGUGAACUUAAUGAGGAAGACAAUCAUGGCGUAUCAGAAAAUUUAAGGUGGCUAGCAGCUGGUCCAAACAUGGCAGUGCCAUUAUAUAAGAGCUAUCUCAUUAAAGGUAUUAAAUUCAACAUCAAGGCACAAGAUGAUGUGCGGACAACUCAAAAUAGUGGAGUUUAUUUACUUGCACAUACUAUGCAAGUUGCUAGUGCCAAGGAUAAAAACCCAAUUCUCUCAAAUAUGGGUUUCUAUGGUGUCAUUCAAGAAAUUUGGGACCUUGACUACCAAAAGUUUACAAUCCCAGUCUUUAGGUGUGAUUGGAUUGAUAAUACUUCUGGUCUUGUAGUGGACGAACCUGGAUUUACCCUUGUAGAUUUGAGUAAAAUUGGACAUAGGAAUGACCAAUUUGUUUUGGCUUCUCAAGUCAAACAAGUAUUUUUUGUUGACGACCCGAUGCAUCGUGGUUGGUCGGUAGUGUUAUCAAUGCCUAAUAGAGAAUAUAAUGAUGUUAUUGGUGAUGAUGUCUUAGGUGAUGUGAGAAUUGAGUGUGAACCAUUUACUAGGGGGAUGCCAAAUGUUAACACAUUUGAUGAAGUGGUGGUUGAGUUAGGGAGUCAAAAUAUUCGAGAUGGGUGUGAAGAUAUAGGGUUGAAUGAUGCUUUAUGUAAUUGGCAGUGUAUGACAUUAAUUUUGUAA